AUGAGGGAGGUUAUGCCUAGUUUGAUCAGUGUUGUCAGGGAUGAGUUGCUUGUUGAGAUGGACAAGCACUUUCGGGUCCUUGGGACUUAUUUGGAGGUCUGUGGACUCAGGACUCGUGAGGUUUUUUCAAGGAGUUUGAUGCUUGUGGAUCUCCUCGUUUCAUUAGGAGUAGGGAUUCGAUCAUUAUCUCGCGUCGGAUUACUGAUGUGGAGAGUGCCUUUCGUGCCAAGUUUUGUCCGGUCGAGGCAAAUGUCAUAUUUGCAGAGUGUCUUUUUCACAACGGAGCUAGGGAUUGGAGGCGCGAGGUUGUUCAUUGCCUCGAACCGGAUGAGGUCGAGGCUAUGUCAUAGGAGGAUUUUUUCAUCACAUUCAAGAUAG